AUGCGAGAUCAAUCCAAUCCACCCAACGAAGAGGCCUAUUAUGACCUUGGCUCGUAUCAUCGGUCAGUGACCACUUCGUCAGCAGAAGCCCAACUGUGGUUCAAUCGCGGAUUGAUAUGGGCUCAUUCUUUUAACCACGUUGAAGCAGUUCGAUGCUUCGAACGAGCUGCUGAAAAUGAUGCCAAUUGCGCUAUGGCGCUAUGGGGAAUUGCUUAUGCGUCUGGGCCCAACUACAACAAGGCGUGGGGCUAUUUUGACCUGGAAGACCGUCAGGUAUCGAUCAGGAAAGUUAAUAACACCCUCGCCCGAGCGUCAAAGCUCGCGAGCCAGGCCACACCUGUGGAAGAAGCAUUGAUACGAGCAAUCGGUGCACGUUUCCCACCGACCGAUAAAAUUCCUGAGGAUCUGAGUCCAUUCGACCGUCGAUAUGCGGAUGCGAUGCGCUCUGUGUAUCAGACGUUCAGCAAUGAUGGAGACGUGGCUGCGCUAUUUGCAGAAGCACUGAUGUGCAUCACUCCGCGUGGCCUGUGGAACUUGGACACGGGUAAACCAACUGGGAACCACACAGUCGAGGCUCGCGAAGUCCUCGAACUACAACUGAAGCAGGCCAGCGGUCGCAACCAUCCAGCAAUUUGCCACUUACAUAUACACAUGAUGGAGAUGUCGCCAUUUCCAGAAUUGGCCCUGCCGGCUGCUGAUCGACUACGUGGCAUGGUCCCGCACGCUUCACAUAUGUUACACAUGCCGACGCAUAUUGACGCUGCGGUUGGCGACUAUCGCCGGGGUAUCGACUCUAACCAUGAAGCCAUCCUCGCCGAUGACAUCUAUUUUGCUCGCGAGACUGAUACAAUUUGGUACACGGCCUACCGGGUGCAUUACAUUUGUGCAAAAAUGUAUUCCGCCAUGAUGUCCGGCCGAUUCAUGGACGCGAUGUCUGCUGCAGAAAAGCUUGAAAAGGUUAUUGAUCCAAAAGUUUUGUCUACCAGAAGCCCCCCUAUGGCAGACUUUAUCGAAAGCUUCUUCGGAAGUAAGGCACAUGUCCUAGUGCGAUUCGGACGCUGGAAGGAGAUUUUAGACAUCAAACUACCCACCGAUCAAGAUACAUAUUGUGUGACCACAGCCAUCAUACAUUACGCCCGCGGACUUGCGUUUAGCGCACUAAGGCGGGUUGCAGAAGCAGAAACCGCUCAAAUACAAUUCGAAACGGCGCGCAGGGCCGUUCCGAGCUCCCGACUUAACAGCAUUCCAUGCAAGGAGAAAGAUGUUCUCGCGGUGGCCUCAGCUAUGCUUACUGGUGAAUUGGAAUAUCGAAAGGGUAAUAUUGAAGUAGCUUUCUAUUACCUUCGGAAAGCCAUUGCGCUUGAGGAUGCACUCGCAUAUGGUGACCCGCCACCUUGGAUGCAGCCAGUCCGCCAUGCACUUGGUGGCCUGCUUCUUGAACAAGGACGUAUUGAGGAAGCAGAACUACUGUUCAAACAGGAUCUCGGCUUUUCUCCUGACUAUCCUCGGCGCAAGGCAAAGCUCAAUAAUGUUUGGGGGGUUGCAGGGCUUAUACGAAUGUUUCACUCGCCUCGGAAAGAGUCGAGAGGCUGCAUUCAUUCAAUCUGCACGGAAUAUUGCAUUGGUGUCUGCUGA